GCUGAUAUUCGAAGAGAUGUCCAACUGGGAAGAAUGGUCGUUUGGUAUGGUGGAGGGGGUUGGUGAAGAAAGAAGAGGAGCCCCCAAGUUGUUGCCUCGUCUCAUGAAAUUGGAGCUUUCAUUUUGCCCCAAAUUGAGAGCUCUUCCUCCACUGGGCCUGUUGCCUCAAUUGAAAUCCCUUUAUAUUACUGAUGCACAUGCAAUCAAAACCAUCGGACCUGAAUUUCUUGGCCCCCGUGCAUCCUUAGCAGCGACUUCAUUUCCCAAGCUUGAAGUGCUGGUAUUUUAUAGUAUGUCCAACUGGGAAGAAUGGUCAUUUGGUAUGGUGGAGGGGGUUGGUGAGGAAAGAAGAGGAGCCCCCAAGUUGCUGCCUCGUCUAACGAAAUUGCAGCUUUCACUUUGCUGCAAGCUUAGAGCUCUUCCAGAAGGCUUACGGCAUGCCACCAAUUUGCAGGAAUUGAAUAUCAAUCGUGUCCACGACUUAAAAGAAAUCAACAACCUUUCCUCACUGAAAUCUCUGGAAAUAGAAUAUUGCCGAAGGUUGGAGCACGUGGAGAAUCUUGAUAAGUUGGAAUACCUGACAGUGGAAUUACCUGGUUUCAAACAGAUAUCCACCACUGAUGCUGAUGGACAUAUAGUGCACCUCCCACAGUGGUUAUUGGAGCUCCUUGGGCAGCAUUCUCUUAAAAAAUUUAAACUGAGAUGCAGCUUACCAGUCCUUAAGACCUUCCUCAAGGGCGGCCCCAACUGGCCCAUCAUUCAGAGGAUCCCCGAGGUCAAGAUCGUAGGCGAUUGGCGUCCAAGUGGCAUAUCAUAUAUUCGGUAUACCAAGGACCCUCCAACCUUCGAAACCAUAGAGAGGAAUCUGAAGAAUCGGAGACAUCCUAAAGCAUCCUCUCUUCUCCGAGUUACAAAUGCUUGUGGAAUAGGCGGUUGAGAUGGGAAUGUCCCUCAGGAUCAUGGGACCAGUGGGUUCAUCAUUUUUACCAUCUUUUAUAAUUAUCUAAAUCUCUGUAUUGGACUUUCUGAUUUCUUUUUCCUAGUAUUAUGAUGCAGCUGUAGCUUUCCUUUCCUAGUGUUUUGAAGAAACUGUCAUUUGCUUGAGUAUAAUUUUUCUUCUGAAUGUAAAUAUUAAGAAUUGGUUUAUCCACUAUAGUUAUCUUCUCCAUUAUGUUGUUGUAACACAAUCACAAAGAUUUUGAAUUUCGUGAACUACCGGACCCAUUCCCCGUUUCUGCUCAUAUUCUGUGCUUUUGU